AUGGAAAAUGUUAUUGAAAAUGGGAACAGUGAUGGAAGGCUCAACAAGUAUGCCUUUGCCUCAGUCAUGGCUGCUUCUAUCAUCUCCGCUGUAUUUGGUUAUGGUGAACCAAUUAAUAAUGAAGAUCAUUCUGUAGUCAUUGCAAUGAUGUCUGGAGCACUAGUAUUCAUAAAGGAAGAUCUUCAAAUCAAUGACUUGCAAGUGCAGCUGCUAGCAGGGAUGUUACAUGUAUGCGCAUUACCUGGAUGCAUGGCUGCUGGAAGAACGUCUGAUUACAAAGGUCGUCGCUACACCAUCAUUCUAUCAUCCAUCAUCUUCACAUUGGGCUCAAUUCUAAUGGCCUAUGGUCCAUCCUAUCUCAUUCUCAUGAUUGGAAACUGCAUUGUUGGAGUUGCUGUUGGUUUUGCACUCAUUAUUGCACCAGUUUAUAGCGCAGAGAUUUCACCUCCUUCCUACAGAGGAUUUCUCACCUCUCUCCCUGAACUUUCCAUCAACAUAGGACUCUUGCUUGGCUAUGUCUCAAACUACUGCUUUGAAAAAUUGCCCCUCAAACUUGGCUGGAGAAUGAUGGUGGUUGGUCCUGCUCUUCCUUCACUUUGCCUAAUCAUUCUCAUGUUGAAGUUGGUAGAGUCUCCAAGGUGGUUAGUCAUGCAAGGACGUGUAGGUGAGGCCAGGAAAGUGCUUUUACUAGUCUCUAAUACAAAGGAAGAGGCUGAACAACGCUUGAAGGAAAUAAAAGGUGUUGUUGGAAUUGAUGAAAACUGCACCCUAGACACUGUUCAGGUUCCAAAGAAAACUCGCAGUGGUGCAGGAGCUCUGAAGGAACUGUUUUAUAAACCUUCACCACCUGUCCGUAGGAUACUGAUUGCAGCAAUUGGAGUUCAUGCAUUCCUUCAGAUAGGAGGAAUUGGAGCUAUUUUGUUAUAUAGUCCUAGAAUCUUUGAGAGAACAGGAAUUACUAGCAAGAGCAAGCUCAUGCUAGCCACAGUUGGUCUUGGAGUCAGCAAAGUUAUAUUUGCAUUCAUAUCAAUUUUCUUAUUAGAUAAAGUUGGGAGGAGAGUUCUCUUAGUGGUUAGUGCAGGAGGUAUGGUUGUGUCCUUAUUAGGAUUAGGUAUUUGCUUGACCAUAGUUGAGUACUCCAGUGAAAAUGCAGUGUGGGCAAUAAGCUUUACCAUUAUGGUUGCGUACAUCCUUGUGGCUUUUCAGACAAUUGGAAUUGGCCCAGUGACAUGGGUUUAUAGUGCAGAGAUUUUGCCCUUGAGGUUUAGGGCACAAGGCCUUGGUGUCUGUGUGGCUGUGAACAGAAUCACAAAUGUGAUAGUGGUUACAAGCUUCAUUUCAAUAUAUAAAGGGAUAACAAUGGGUGGAAGCUUCUUUUUGUUUGCUGCUAUCAAUGGUUUGGGUUUGUGGUUCUACUGUACUUUGCCUGAAACUAAAGGAAGAUCAUUAGAGGAUAUGGAGACUAUCUUUGGAAAAAAAUCACAGUUGGACCACAAAUAA